CGGCCCCUCGCCGUCGCGCUAAGCCCGCGGCCAGACGCCUACAGCCCCUCCGCUCGCCUCCGCGCCGGCCACCUCCGCCGCAGCCGCAUUUUCCUCCUCCUCCUCCUCCCCCGCCUCUUCCGUUUCUGGAGGGAAAGGCUGCAGCCUCCUUCGCUCCGCAUCCCCGGCUUAGGUAAUACGUUCUCCUUCUUACGUUCCCCUCGCGUCCCGCCGCUGCUUCCCUACUCCUCGGAUCUGGGUCCCCGAGCUGGGCGACCGGCACGCGCCUCAUCGCCCCUGCGGAAGGUAGCUGACGGCCCAGAGGGUGGGUGCCAAUUCCACCAGCAGCUGCAACUGGAAGGUUCAGAAAUGUCAGCUAUCCUCCGGGAGCUGCUCCGUGUGUCUGAGAAAGCUGCCAACAUUGCCCGGGCAUGCAGGCAGCAGGAAGCCCUCUUCCAGCUGUUGAUCGAAGAAAAGAAAGAGGGAGAAAAGAACAAGAAGUUUGCAGUUGACUUCAAGACGCUGGCUGAUGUACUCGUACAGGAAGUUAUAAAACAGAAUAUGGAGAACAAGUUUCCAGGCUUGGGAAAAAAAAUUUGGGGAGAAGAAUCGAAUGAGUUUACUAAUGAUUUGGGGGAGAAGAUUAUCCUGAGACUGUGUCCGACCGAGGAAGAAACAGUGGAGCUCCUUAGCAAAGUCCUGAGUGGUAACAAGUUGGCGUCCGAAGCAUUAGCCAAGGUUGUUCAUCAGGAUGUCAUCUUUACUGACCCAGCUCUGGAUUCGGUAGAGAUCAACAUUCCACAGGACAUUUUGGGAAUUUGGGUGGAUCCCAUAGAUUCCACUUAUCAGUAUAUAAGAGGUUCUGCUGACAUUAAAUCCAACCAAGGAAUCUUCCCUAGCGGACUUCAGUGUGUCACCAUUUUAAUUGGUGUCUAUGACCUACACACAGGGGUGCCCCUAAUGGGAGUCAUCAACCAACCUUUUGUAUCACAAGACCUAAACACCCUCAGGUGGAAAGGACAGUGCUACUGGGGCCUUUCUUACUUGGGGACCAACAUCCAUUCACUUCAGCUUCCCGACUCUGAAAGAAAGAGCAGGGACACACGGAGCCAAGUGACUGAAGACACCAACUCUGAGGCGGAAUGCUCCCACAGGUUUUCAGCUGUCAUUAGUACAAGUGAAAAGGACACUGUCAAGGCCGCUUUGUCACGUGUAUGUGGCGAGCGCAUGUUCCCGGCAGCUGGGGCUGGUUACAAGAGCCUCUGUGUUGUCCAAGGCCUUGUUGACAUUUACAUCUUCUCAGAGGAUACCACGUUCAAGUGGGACUCGUGUGCUGCUCACGCCAUACUCAGGGCCCUGGGUGGGGGAAUGGUAGAUUUAAGACAAUGCCUGCAAAGAAGUUCCGAAACGGCACUUGACUGGCCACAGUUGGUGUACCACGUGGAAAACGAAGGUGCGGCUGGCGUGGAUCGGUGGGCCAACAAGGGAGGACUGAUUGCAUACAGAUCAAGGAAGCAGCUGGAGACAUUCCUGAGCCUCCUCAUCCCAAACCUCGCGCCUGGGGAUACAUGCACAUAGACGAACUCCGUCCUCGUGUGCUUGUUCAACACCCAACUGUGAAACAAUUCCCCACAUCUGUUAUCUUUUGAAGACAGCUUUGUCCUAUUGAUGGUCAACAUUCUCCUUCCUCUUCUGAGGAGCAUUUUUCCAUUAUGUGUUCUUAAGAAUGUUAAUUUCAAUAAAUGAAUGGUAUUUGUGCAGCAGUUAAA